ACAAAUUGUUGACUAAGUCUCUAAUGAGAUCGGCCGUUCCCGGAUAUCCCAUUAGACAGCGAUUAAGCGGGCUCAGCUGGUUAGCGCUAACAAAGCCGUCAGCGAUUGGCCACCCUGGGGAAAAAAGCUACCAAUUAGUUGACGUACGCUGGAGGAGAAGAAAGGGCACUCUCGGCGGCCAAUGACAGAGCUCGGAGUGACUGAUUCCAAUAAGUUGAAGCACGUUCAAGGCUGAUGCUUGCUUGGCACCAUACGCCCUGAGAAUGGCUGGCGACCAGUCCAUUCUUUGUCUCUGUUUUGUAUGUAUCCAUCCUGACAUUGACCGGUGACCAAUCAAUUAGUCAUCUGUGUGGCGUGAGGUUUACUAGUGACCAAUCAUUUUUUGUCUGUAUCUACUCCGACAUUGAUUUGCGACCACUCCUUCACUUGUCAAGAUGUGUGUUGUCACGACUUUCACUUUCUUGUCAACGCGUACGUGAAUAUUGAGAUAUUUGAUGACUUGGCGACCAGUCAAUUGUUUGUCUGCAAGUACUUUGACAGAAGCGACCAGUCGCAGCCUCUCCCCUUCGUUUAUGUCUUCUUUUUUUUUUCUCCCAGCCGUUGCCGGUCUUGGACUUUCCCUGCGACCCAUCCACUCCCGUUUUUCCUCCUCCUCAGUGGCACUGAUUGGACGAGCCGAUAACCUGAUUUCCUCCCCCGUGAGCUCCCAAUCGCUUUGGUUGUGCCUCUGGCUGUCUCCUUCUCUCUAUUUCCAUCUUUGAGCUUUAUCCCUUCAUUACUGAUCUCCUUCAUCCGCCGCAAUCCUGAUCGGCGCCAGCAGAGCGGAGGAGCAGUCGCGCACCAGCGAGCAGUCGCCGUCCCUGAGCAGCCGAGCAACAGCGGCCGAGCAGCAGCAGCAGCAACGCCCGAUUGUGGAGCAUCCAGCAACAGAACGGACACAGUUUACCGCCACUAAGGUCCCCUCGCCACUGUCGCCAUGGCAGCAGAGAAAGCUGAGAUUGAUGCGUUGAAAAAGGAGUGCGACGGGCUGCGUGCCAAGAUCGAGGCGGCGCGCAAGGGCGUCAACGACACCACCAUGACAUCGGCAGCGAGCGGCGUGGACUCGGUGGGUCGUGUUCAGCUCAAGCAGAGGAAGACACUCAAAGGUCACCUGGCCAAAAUCUACGCUAUGCACUGGGCCGCCGACUCAAGGCAAAUGGUGAGUGCGUCGCAGGAUGGCAAACUUCUAGUGUGGGACACCUUCACGGGCAACAAGCUGGUGGCCGUCCCGCUCAAGUCGGCCUGGGUGAUGAGCGUGGCCUUAGCGCCCUCCGGGAAUCUGGUGGCCAGCGGUGGUCUGGACAACAUGUGCACCGUCUGCAACAUCAAGGCGGCCAGCCCCAAGACUCUCCGGGAGCUGGACGCACACACAGGUUACCUUGCCUGCUGCCGCUUCCUGAGCGACUCAGAGAUCCUGACGGCCUCGGGCGACACCACCUGCUGCCUGUGGGACCUGGAGACGGGCAAGCAGAAGGUGGUGUUCACCAACCACAUCGGCGACUGCAUGUCCUUGGCGCUGUCUCCCGACAUGAACCAGUUCAUCUCCGGCGCCUGCGACUCGCUGGCCAAGCUGUGGGACAUCCGGGAAGGAAUCUGCAAGCAGACCUUCAUCGGACACACCAGUGAUAUCAACGCCAUCGCUUUCUUUGCGAGCGGCAACGCCGUCAUCACGGGCUCGGACGACUGCAGCUGCAAGAUGUACGAUCUGCGCGCUGACCAGGAAGUGAUCAGCUACCAGGACAGCAGCCUGAACGCUGGUGUCACGUCGGUGGCGCUCUCCAACUCGGGCCGCCUCAUCUUUGCCGGCUACGACGACUUCAACUGCCACAUUUGGGAUUCUCUCAAGGGCGAGAGAGUCGGCGUUCUGUCCGGCCACGACAAUCGCGUGAGCUGCACCGGCGUUCCCGAGGACGGCAUGGGCGUCUGCACGGGAUCCUGGGACAGCUUCCUCAAACUCUGGAACUGAGCGUCCGGCCCGGGAACCCCGUUGGGAGAGGGAAGAGAAAAAAAACAAAAACGGAAGGCUACAUGUUUUCAGGAGGUUACAUCACACGCGUCCUCUCUCUCAUCCAACUAUGCAAAAAUCAAACAAAACCCAUCGGGAAGGCGGCAAGCAAGAUGGCCGACCGGCGAGCAUCCACCGUGCAGCAAUGAAAAAUCCAUCGCAACCUCAAAAACGCUCCCCAACACUAGGAUGGUUUGAAAAUUAAAAUAAAACAAAACAAAAUCAGAACGGAUUGCUAUGGAACCAAGUGUAGCGAUGCAGACGUGAUGUUCCGGUGACAGGCGGCGUGAACUAGCACGCACGUAGAGAAUACUAGAUGCUUUCCUAAUUAAUCGUGUCAAAACGUUAGCAUGGACAUUUGAUUGUUAAGUGUCUGCUUUUUUUUUCCGGACUGCGCAUAGAGAGGCCCCGCCCCCUUUCUCCCUUCCCUCUCCCUUUACUGUGCAGAUCCAUAUGUUGAUUAAUAAAUCAUGUACGCAGUGAAACAGCUCAAACUGCACUUUGUAGUACUUUUGACGCGUGUGCAGGUCCUCUGUAAAAAG